AUUUCCCAGAAUGCACUGCGCAUCUGUCAUGGCUGCUCACUGAUGCCACUUGCACCACAUGGGUGGAAAUAAACGUUGUGUGUGUGAUUGAGAGGAAACGAGUCUGCUCAUUAGGACAGCGUUAUCUCUACGGCUUCACCCCGGGACCGUCCUGACUGCAGACAGCGGAUCUUUCUUCACUUUGGAACCCAACACAGGCGAUCCGUGAUGCCGCUGGACGUCCAGGUCCCGGUCCUCCGAGGGUUUUUAACACCAAGCGAGGCGGCGGAAUGGAAACAGAACAUCCCCGGUCCUCCAGAGGUGGGCUCUCUGCUGGAGUCUCUGAUGGAGGGGGACUUCGAGGCGGUCCUGCUGAACCACCUGGUGUUAGAUCUGCUCACUGGAGACGGCAGCUGCAGCGAAGGCGAGGACAUCGAGGCUUACCUGGAGAGACGGGUCCUGUUGUACCUGACCUCUGGAACCGACGACGACCAGACCAGCAGGGAGCUGGUGGUGAUGGCCGUGGCUGUCGCUUGCCUCCAAAUGUUUGCACAGAGUAACUGGACCGGUCCUCCGGCCUCCAUCGAAAUCUCUGACCUGCUGCCCCCGGCCCUGCUGUCCCCUCAGACGCAGAGCGUGGUCGAGGCCCUCCACUCCAGCCUCCUCCUGGACGGGGAGUCUGUUUACAGCCUGGUGACAAACCCCUUCCUCCUCCUGCUGGCCCGGGUCAUCCUCACCAAGUGCUCCUCCAAGAUGGACCACCUACAGCUGCUGCCCUGGUGGACUCUACGUUACAUCAACCUGCACCAGCAGAUCCUGGAGGCCUGUUCUCCUCAGCUCCUCGAGUUGGCUAAAAGCAGCAUGGACGAAGUGCUCAAAUGUCAGUCCGUAUUGUCGGAGCAUCGAAACCUGGCCAUUCAAUUCCAUCUGGAGUGUGUGUACACCUCUCUGACCUACUACGAGUACAAGCUCGCCAAAGACCAUGUCCAGAAGGCCCAAGAGCUCUCAGGACUGGAGAUCAACUUGACGGGCGCUCUUGGCAAAAGGACCCAAUUCCAGCAGAAGUACCUGGCUCAGCUCAUCCUGGAGGUCAAGAGGAAGCAGGAUCAGGCUGGCCAGACUGAAGCUGAAUCCAGCCCCACCCCCACACCCCUGUCCUGGCUCCCCAAGGACUGCAGUCUGGGUGAUGACACCGUGCUGGAUAAGAUCAACUUGGCAGAGCCAGACCAGUACGAGCUGCCUGACCUCAGCGGUGAAGAGCAGGCUGUCAUCCUCGGACUCUGCACUGACUUCCAGAAGAAUAACCCCGUCCAUAAACUGACCGCAGAGGAGCUCCUGGCCUUCACAUCUUGCAUUCUGUCUCAGACGAAGUUCUGGGCUGUUGAAGUCGCAGCUCUCUGCCUCAGGACCAAACUGGAGAAAGGAAAGACUCGGUGUGUUGAGAGAGCCAUGAUGCAAACACAGGUAAUCGCAGACCACUUUGAAGACAAGAUCUGUCCCGUCACAGAGCGCCUCAAACUCUUCUACUGCUGCCAAGCUCCACCCAGAUGGGCUGUCCAGAAACAGCUGGCCUCCUUGUUAUCAGACCUCGGCUGCAUCAGCUCCGCUCUGCUCAUGUGUGAAAAGCUGCAGCUCUGGGAGGAUGUCGUUAUCUGCUACGAGAGGCUGGGCCAGCAUGGAAAGGCGGAGGAGAUCGUUCGCAGGGAGCUGGAGAAGAAGGAGACACCCAGUCUGUACUGUCUACUGGGAGACAUACUGAGAGACCAUCAGUACUACGACCGAGCGUGGGAGCUGUCGGGCCGACGCAGUGCCAGAUCCAUGCGCUCCAAAGCUCUGCUGCACCUCCAGAACAAGGAGUUCAAGGAGUGUGUCGACUGCUUUGAGCGGUCUCUCAAAAUCAAUGCCAUGCAGCUCGGAGUGUGGUUUUCUCUCGGGUGUGCGUACUUUGCCAUCGAGGGCUACGAGGGAGCUGCCAGGGCUUUCCAGAGAUGUGUGGGACUGGAGCCAGAUAAUGCAGAGGCGUGGAACAAUCUCUCUACGGCCUACAUUCGCCUGAAGAAGAAAGAGAAAGCCUUUCGUACCCUGCAGGAAUCCCUGAAGUGUAACUACGAGCACUGGCAGAUCUGGGAGAACUUCAUCACUGUGAGCAUUGACAUCGGGGACUUUGCAGAGACCAUCAAGGCCUACCACCGUCUGAUGGAACUCCGGGAGAGCUACAAAGACAUCGAGAUUCUGCAGAUCCUGGUCAGAGCCGUCAGUGAAAACAUGAGUGACAGUCAGGGCGUGCAGGCGGAGACUCUCCGGCCCAAACUGAAGGAGCUCCUGGGACGCGUCACUUCUCGCCACAGCAGUGACUCCGAGGUGUGGCGGCAGUACGCUCUGCUGUACGGUGACGGCCACAGCGCCGACCCAGAGGACAACGAAAAGGCUCUACAGUUCUUGUCUAAGGCCCACCGCUGUGAGGUCCAAAAGGGCGGCUGGGAGAAAGACCCGAGUCUCUUUAAGGAGGUGAUCCAAAGAGCUGUGUCCAUGGGUGAAGUGACCAUCAGCUGCAGUAAGAAGAAGAGUAACUCAAAAGAAGCUCUUCAGAUGCUCUCCUCCACCCGUCUCAGCCUCAGGAGUCUGGUCACCAAAGCGAAGCAAAUGCACACUGAUGUGGCCACGGGUCAGGUUCACGAUGGGCUGCAGGACGGCGUCGCAGCGCUGGAGCAGCUCAUCACAGAGCUGCAGGAGCUGAGCGGGAUGCUGCGUGACCAAUCACAGUGACCGUCCUCCUGAGGGAGAGCAGAAGCUGUUUCUGUAAAAGACAAAAACUUAGUGUAGAGAAGAGUCUUAGCUGCAGACUUCAGCCUUAUGUGAUGUUCAAAUCAAGUGUUACAUGUGAUGACAAGGAAUAAUGAUAACCUGGGUUAAAGCGGAUCCAAAGGACUUACUUUGAAGUUUUCAUAUGUCGAUAUCCACAUUGGAAUGUAAACAAUGACUGUAAGGCAUCAAAUAUAAAAUAUUUGCAUUUUUAAA